GUGUCCAUGGCCCACAACCCCAAGUUGCCACUGCAGCAGUCAGAGUGGCAGCCAGAGGCUUGGUCCAUGCUGAGCCCUCCGGAAGGUGCUGGUGAGGCUGAACAAGAGGCCUCCACAUCUCAACACCUAGGAGAGCAGGGAAGGAGUUUCACCAGGGUAGAAGAUCAUGUUGCGCCGCAAGCCCUCCAAUGCCAGCGAGAAGGAGCCCACUCAGAAGAAAAAGCUCUCCCUUCAGCGCUCUAGCAGCUUCAAGGAUUUUGCCAAAUCCAAACCCAGCUCUCCUGUGGUGAGCGAGAAGGAAUUUAAUCUGGAUGAUAAUAUUCCAGAAGAUGACUCAGGUGUUCCUACCCCAGAGGAUGCUGGGAAAAGUGGCAAAAAGCUGGGGAAGAAGUGGAGAGCAGUGAUUUCCCGAACCAUGAACAGGAAGAUGGGCAAGAUGAUGGUGAAGGCCCUGUCAGAGGAGAUGGGAGACACGCUGGAGGAGGGCUCAGCCUCCCCAACAUCUCCAGAUUGCAGCCUGGACAGCCCUGGUCCUGAGAAAAUGGCCCUAGCCUUUGCUGAGCAGGAGGAGCAUGCACUCCCAGUGCUCAGCCGCCAGCCAUCAACGGGCAGUGAGCUCUAUAGUCCCAGCACAGGCUCUGGCAGCUUUGGGGAGGAAUCACCUGCCCCACUGUACAUAGGACCCUUCUGUGGCCGAGCUCGAGUCCACACCGACUUCACUCCCAGCCCCUAUGACCACGAUUCACUGAAACUGCAGAAAGGAGAUGUGAUCCAGAUCAUUGAAAAGCCACCUGUGGGCACAUGGCUGGGCCUUCUCAAUGGCAAGCUGGGCUCUUUCAAAUUUAUCUACGUGGAUGUGCUGCCUGAGGAGGCUGUGGGGCCUGCCCGCCCCAGCCGUCGACAGAGCAAGGGCAAAAGGCCCAAACCCAAGACUCUGCAUGAGUUGCUGGAGCGCAUUGGCCUGGAGGAGCACACAUCCACCCUGCUUCUCAAUGGCUACCAGACACUGGAAGACUUCAAAGAGCUACGGGAAACACACCUCAAUGAACUGAACAUCACGGACCCACAACACCGGGCCAAGCUGCUCACGGCCGCAGAGCUGCUGCUGGACUACGACACUGGCAGCGAGGAGGCUGAAGAGGGUGCUGAGAGCAGCCAUGAGCCAGUGGUGCACACAGUGUCGGAACCCAAGGUGGACAUCCCGCGUGACUCCGGCUGCUUCGAGGGCUCCGAGAGCGGGCGUGAUGAGGUGGAGCUGGCAGGCACUGAGGAGCAGCUGCAGGGCCUCUCCCUGGCUGGGGCACCUUGAGGUAGAGGCUGGGCCUGAGCUACAGAGGCCACAGGGAUAAAAGGCCUGGGCCCAGAGGACAGUGCAAUGCCUGGCCCUGCUUUCCAGGGUCAC